CUCAUCGACAUCCCGCGCUCCCUCGAAGAGGCCCAGGUCCCGCCCGGCCACCGGCCCCGAGCCCGGAUCAUCUCCGGCCCUCCGCCGCGGACGCCCUUUGUCACGCCGGAGCCGCGCCGCCGGGGCAACGAUGCUGCGUCCCAUGCACGAUCCGCGGGAGCGCAGAUUGCGGAGCUGAUGGCUGCGGCGGCGGCGAGGGGGGCGCUGGAGGAGAUUAAGAGGGAGUAUUCUGGGGUGUUUUGCUUGCCUAGGGUUGGUGGUGAUGCCGUGGGUAUUGAUGAUGGUGGUGGUGGUGGUGGGAUUGAUGCUCUCCGUAUGGGUGAGAUGAAGACUGAGAAAGCAUCGUCGCCAAGCGUCAAGAUUCCUCCAGGAGCCGAAUACCUGCACGGAUCGAUACAGGACCUGCGUCAAGCAUUCGUUGACUUAGCGCCGCAGUUCAAGCUCAUCGUUCUCGACCCCCCGUGGCCCAACCGGUCUGUCCGGAGGAACCAGAAGGCAAGCACCACAUACAACACCGUCUCAACCAUGUCCGAUAUGCGGAAUCUUUUGUCCAGCAUACCAGUGGCGUCGCGUCUUGCCCCCGACGGCUUGGUAGCGGUUUGGAUCACCAACAGAGCCAGCAUCUUCGACCUCAUGACGUCCUCCAAGGGAGUAUUCGCUUCGUGGGGCCUGGAGAUGGUGACGCAGUGGACGUGGCUCAAGGUUACGGCCGAAGGAGAACCUAUAUUUGACAUUGAGUCUGAAUGGAGGAAGCCCUGGGAGACGCUUCUCAUUGCGAAGAAGCGGGCGGGGGGGAAGGUGCCUCUGAAGCUAAAGUCGCGGGUCAUUGUGGCGGUCCCGGAUGUUCAUUCGCGGAAGCCGAACCUGAGGGCCUUGUUUGGGGAUGUUUUUGGAGAAGGGGAUGGGGAGGAGGAGGAGGAGUAUCGGGGGCUGGAGGUGUUUGCGAGGAACCUUACGGCUGGGUGGUGGAGUUGGGGGGAUCAGGUGUUGCAUUUUCAGGGGGCGGAGCACUGGGUU